AUGACCAGUUUCAAUCUCGAGACCUCUUAUUGGACUCUCCAAUGUCCCGACUAUGGCCAACCCGACCAAUAUGACGACAAUUAUUGGAUGGAGAACAUGGCAAAAAACGUAUCCGAAAACUGCGGUUAUAUGUCAUGUACCGUAACCGACUGGCCAUUCGCCGAUGGUUCUAAAGGGAACGGGAUCUUAGCCAAUUGGGGAUGGGCUGUGUCCAAUACAAAUGAAAAUGACAUGGCAAAGCGUCGUGAGGCAAACACCACAGAAAAGGUUCCUAAGAUGCAGGUUUUCUAUCGAAGCUCGAAUUUUGGGACAACAGGGAAUCUAUUUACGGCAGCCAACUGUACUAUAGCUACGACCUACGUUGAAGCUGGGUUAAAUUGCAAUGGCUGGGACUGUAAAGUUGAUCGACUAAGGAGAUCGAAAAAACGCGAAACAUACCCGUCUACAGCCUAUACCAUCUUUGAUUCGGGUUGGAGAGCAAGCAUGAGUUCAUUCUUAACAAAUUUGGUAGACACAGCCGAUAAUCAGCUCAAGGAAUCUGGAACGCCUGGACUUUUACAAGAAUACAUAGCCGACCCGACCAAACCCUUCAGCGGAGGCCAGUUCAAAGACCUCAGGGAUGUCGGAAAUGAGACGUUUGCCAUGCGGUUUUCGCAGCUACUCAAUACUUACUGGUCGACAGCUUAUAAUUUCAACCUAACUUACGGGGAUCUGAAAUUCACAAAACCUUUCUCAUGA